UAAAUGUUACAUGAUUACCAUUAUUCAGCUCAGGUGUAACGAUAUCGUAAUUUAAAGCAAUUUUAUCUCAACGAGGUUAAUAAAGGCAACAAAAAAGUGAGAUGCAAAUAAAAAGUGAAAAAAGUUACAGUAUAAAGAUUGUUAAAAGCAGACAACCCCUCUAAUCACCAUUGCAAUCCAUUGUUUUUAACCCAUUGUUUUUGUGUCCAUUUUCACAUUUUUAAUUUGUUUUAUUUUUAAAUUCAUCUUUUCUUUUAAUUAAUCAUCGUUAGCAGCUAUUAAAGACCAAAAUGUUGCCUUGUAAUUGUACCAAUAUGGCUCAAAUGUCCCCUGAAAAUAUAUGCCGGAUUUGUCAACGAGGAACACCACAAAAAGGUUUGAUUGAACCCUGUAACUGCAAUGGAUCCAUUGGUGGUGUCCAUAAAAGCUGUCUAGAACGAUGGUUAACCAUUUCAAGACGUAGUAAAUGUGAACUGUGUGGUGUUUCAAUCCCAUGUCUUCAAGUUACACCUACAUUUCGAGAUUAUGCUCGGACAUUUCCACGACCUUUGGUUGGUGACCUUUUACUUUUUACAUUCCUUACACCCAUUGCCACCCUAUUGACUUUACUUUGUUUCCAAGGAGCAAUGAUGCAAAUAAAAUGGCAAAAUCUAACAGAAUCUUCUUUCCUUUUGGCAUUUGGAGCCAUCCUGUUGACCUUUUAUUUUGGUUGGGUUUAUUGGUCAAUCAAAAACAAUUAUCAAAUAUUUUUGGACUGGCAAAGUUCAAAUACCAAUUUAAGGAUCGAUUGGCCUCGUCGUAGAGGAAGAAAGCGUGAAAAAACCAUAAACAGCAUCGAGAAGGCUGUUUUAGAUUCAGAUGAUCCCGAGCAAUCGCUCAGUCUACUCUGAUUGUUGAUAUCUAAUCACCUUUUAAAGUCCACUUGUAAUUAACCGUUUUGUUAUUUUAUUUCAAAUUUGUGUUCACACACAAACAUAUGUAUAGACAUUUAUAUAUGCAUAUUUUAUAGUACAUUUGUUGUAAUCAAAUUUAAUCAAAUUGAAUUUUAAAGUCCCCCAAUGAUUCCAAUGUAUAGUAUUUUUCAAACCCCAAACCAUUUUUAAUAUUUCACCCUAUUUUAGAUAAAAUUGAACAAUAAACAAAUGAAUAUUGAA